AUGCAAUCUGUACAGGAGCUGGUGCCAGCAGAGUCUAGGCCAGAACUUCUGAAGGGCAUUUUCUCGUCGAUAUCCCAUCGCACUGUCGUGAGCAACAUGUUUGUGGGCACGCCAGAGACACAGGCAAGAAAAGAAGAGCAGGAUAAGAAGGAAGGUGGAGGACCAAAUUCUUGGAAGAUAGCUGCUAAGGAACGUGUGGAUCAGGUGAAGGACUUGAUGUUUUUGGCGCGAGAACUUGGGCACCCGGCGCUAUUCAUCGGUCUUCUAGACCAGCCAGCUGGAUCAGUUUGGACGGGCGAGAUUAUGCGCGAGGCUGUCGAUCUGCAGGCUGCUUGUCUCCCAGAAGAGCUGCAAAAAGAAGUAUGUCCAGUCGCGUUGCGCCCAAAGCUUUAUACCUAUUUGUUCUAUCCGAAUGCUGCCCUCCGGCAGGCUGUUGUGGCGCUUAUGGCAAACUAUUUCAGCUGCGAGUCGCCGCAAGCUUUGUCCUCCAAGCACCCCGAGGAGUGGCCUUUGUUGGCCAAGAAUCUUGUGCUUGCCCUUGGACAUUCCAGAGCUACAACUCGAGAGGCAGCAAUUCAAGCAGCGCAAGUGCUCUUCCGUGGCAGGGAGUGGCGCGAGGUUUCUUGCAUCUUUGAGGACCUGUGGACAAUCACGGUCAAGCUGAUGGAUGACAUGGAAGAGCGCAUCCAGGCUGUUGUCAAGCCCUUCGUGCGCAUGAUGCGAAACCUGACACUGAGGCUGUGCGAUGUGAAGGUUUCUUCGCGAAAGGAUGUUGAGACUGCUAUGAACGAAAUCAUGCCGCUGCUUCUGCGCUUUUGUGAGCGAUACAAGCAUGCCCAGCCAAUAUGUUUCGAGAUAAUGAGGGAACUCAUCAAGGCAAGCCAUGGGGCCUUGCUGGAGCCACAUGUGCAGAACCUGGUCCCUCCACUCUUGGUGUCACUGUCCAUGAUGGAGAACGAUGCCUUGCAGUAUUACCAGUUUCACAUCAGUGCAAAGUCUGAAGAGAAGGGAAAGGAGCUGGAAGCUGCACGGAUCUCGAACUCCCGCGACAGCGAGUCCAUGAAGCUGCUCCGACAGCUGGUGCCCUACAUCAAUCAGGAUGUUGCAGAGGCAUUGGCUCCCAGGACUCGAGAGUUGCUUCAUCGUGGUGUUGGUGCCAACACAAGAGUCGGCGUGUGCGACUUUUGGGUCGCAGUAUGUGCUGAGCGCACCAGUGCUGUACUGACAGGCGGUUCAGUAGCUUCCAGCAUGCUUCGAUCCGUCGCCGGUGCACUUCUGGAUCCUUCAAGGGAGGUCAGAGGAGCUGCCGCGUCGUGCUUUGCCAGCUUUGCGCGACGGAAUGCGCCGCAAGAGCUGACCAAGGUCAUUUUCGAACGGUUGCUGAAGCAAGACCAGGAGUACCGAACCGAUGAUGUGCAGCGCAAUUCGUACAGAGUGUCGCUGGCUCGGGCGCUGUGGGAGGUGUGCCGCCGAUGCGAUGACAACAUGCUCGAGCCUGAGCUCAAGGCAGCCGUUGCCUCCAAGGCGUUUUCGUUGCGCUGGAGCAUCGAGGCUGAAGUGAAGACAGGCUGGGAGUCUCUUUGGUCUGAGCUUUGUCCUACCACUUCUGGCGGAGUUCAGCGCUAUCGCGAAGAGAUUUGCACGGAGCUGGCAACUUUUUUUGCGGACAGUGUCUCUCGCGCAGACAAGGUCAGUGCUGCGAAAGCAGUUUCAGGGCUUGCUGCGCAACUUGAGAAGGUCGAUCCGAGACCCUGCUUCACCGAGGAUACCGCGAUUCAAUCCUUGCUGGCUAGUGUGAAGGCUGCCGUCCAGACUUUGCCAAUCUUCGAUGGCUCUGGCAGUCUGGUUCGCGCCCUUGCAGACCUUGCUGCGGUCAGUUAUCGACGAAAGAGGGGUGAGGAGCUUGGAGUAAGAGUGGACGAGCAAGAGAGUGGGCUCUCAUUGAUCCUGAGUUUCUGCUCUAAAGGUUCGCUUGUGGACCGUGCUGCUGCUGCCCAAGCUUACCUUGAGGCAACAACUGCGACCAGGUUAUGGCCAUCUUUGCAAGACGCAGAACGCCUCUACAAUGAGGCAGCUGAUCACGUGGAUCACCUGCAAAAAGAAGACGAAGCAAAGGAGCGGGCUCCUGGGCAGCCGCUGCCCAAAAAUCACAGGGGGAAGGGCACAAGUCCUGCUGAAGAGCUCCUCGCUUCAACCUUGGAUUUUUGGGCGACAGCCUUGCGGCAGUGCCGGCGAGAGGUUGAGGACGAAGGUGAUAUGGAACCGCCUGAAGGUGAGCUGGCAGCCUUUGUAGGCGCGUCGCUCGGCGAAUUCCAAGCUGGGUCGCUGACACUGCGCUUGAGCGUGGUGCGCUUGUGGAAGCACCUCUUCUCCCAUUUUUCCCAGGAGCAGCUCUCGCUGUGUCAGAUCGACGACGGCCUAUGUGGGCAAGUCGUUCGAGCCAUCCAGGAUGCGUCGUGCGAUGUCCGGUCGGAAAGACUGCGGCGUCCUGCGUUGGAGCUUGCGGCCAGCCUUGCGCAAGACUCUGCAACCGGCGGCGGCAGAGAGGCAUUGCUGCGUGGUAUUGGGGCUGAGUUGAAAGCUGCCUCACAAGAGACUGCAGGGGCCGCAGCAUCCAGGGCAGUGUCUUUCACUUCGUGGUUGGAAAGGAUUGACCCCCUCACUGCCGAGCAAUGCUCACAAGAGGUGGCUACACUCCGAACUCUGCAACAAAGGUAA